AUGGCCUCUACCGGUGAUGCUCGCAAGAGCCGCAUCGUGUCGCACAUGAACAAGGAUCACACCAGAGAAAUCACAUAUUAUCUCCGCCAUUAUGCCCAUCUCUCUGCUUUAGCUGCAUCGUCACCCGUGCUCAAAGAUAUCGACCUUAACGGCAUGACUAUUAAGUCAAAUGAUGGAAAAGAUCACUUUGUCCCUUUCUCGCCUCCUCUCUCCAGCUGGGCCGAGGUCAAGGACCGCAUCAUCGAAAUGGCCAACACAGCCCGCGAAGGACUGGGUCUUAGCGACGUCAUUAUCACAGCCUACACACCCCCAGAGGGGUUUGGAAUCUUUGUUACGGGAUCAGUUCUCUUCUACUUCUUCUGCGCCGGGACACUGCCGUGGGUGCAGCCUGGCACACGCAUCUGGGAGCUAUUGAACGAAGGGUUCCCUGGAGGAGCAACCUUCUUCCGCUGGCUUGUCAACACCAUCUUUUGGCCCGUUAUAUGCAUUCACCUUGUUGAAUGCUUUUUCUUCGACAGGAAGCUUCAGAGACACGGCGUAGAGAGAUUCUCUGGACAGUGGUGGCUUUGGCUCAGCAACUGCUUUUUUGAGGGGUUCCCUGCCUUUAAGCGCGUGGAUGCCAUUGUGGUACGGAAGCAAGAUAAGAGUACCUAG